AUGCUCGUCGUGCAGUCCGUGCAGACCGGCGAGCUCCUCGUGCAAAAACUUGUACGGCCCAAUACCGACGACCCAGACUACGAGUACGAGGAGCCGCUGGAGCUGCGAAUCUCGACGUGGCAGGACACGCUGCCCAGCAAUGGGUUUCCCAACUAUUUCGCAAACAACGUCUUCAUCAACUAUCCCCCGCGUCGUGUAGGCGGGCGCACUGCGAGGGUAGGGGAGGAAUCCAGCGCGUUCCCCCAAAUCGUUUUGGGCGACUUCGGGAAUUCGGCGGCCGACGGGGACGACACGAUGAUUAUCCCCCUAAACGUUCUCGGGGGCGAGGACCCGGGAGACACGGAGCUGCGCCUGUGGGAGGACACGUACGGGGUGGGCAACACCCUGCGGCGGCUGUGCCAGGCCCACCUCCCAAUCUCCCCGGAUGAUGGCGACGUUGGUGACGCCGACUGGCACGCCCGGCGGCCUAACAACAUCAGAAUGGCGGGCCUCAACGCGCGGGACGCAUCGGCGCCAGACUUCUCUGCCCAGCUGGUUGACCUGCUGGGGAAUUUCGAGUGGGACGCCAUGGAGACAGGGACCGAUAUUCAUGAAUUGGAGGACCCCUUGGGCGAUGUCACGGCCGACUCGCGGUGGAUGGUCGAUACGUUGUACCCAGCUGCGCGCGCCCGGGUGGCGGCGUACCGCAAUCCACCUGGGGGCCGGCCGGCCAGGUAUUUUGACGGGCUGGAUGUCUCGUGGACCAAGCCGGAACCCGUGAUGCCCUUCGUGUACAACACCAGCUAUGCGCACCAUGAGGCUGCCGCCGCUGAUGCCGUCGGCUAUGAGGAUGGUGAGGGGGGCGGCGGUGUCGAUGUGAACUGGAAUGAUAAGGAAGAAGUCAAGAUGCAGGCGCUCGGAAGGCUGCAUAAGUGGGACGAUGUCAAGCCAAGUUACGAGCUGCGUUCUCUCGAAUUCAAUGGUCCGACAAUAAGACCCUCGAACCAGCCGCCCGGCGGGGAGUGA